ACUCUCAAAAUGUGACCUAAGAGAUGUCACGGGAGUAAGCAUGACGCUAACAGACGUCCAGAUUUUAUUCAUAGUCAACUACCUGCAUUUUGUGUCUUCAGGGUUAGUGGCACCUUCGCUCCCGUACCAUUUCGUGACGAACGGAGGCAACCAGAUCCUUCUGGGUUUCUUGGUGUCCGUCACCUACGUCUGUUACAAAAUUUCGCGAGACUUCAUCGCCUUGUUCGAGCUUCGCAAAAAAAACGUAAUCACCUUCUGCUUGUACUUUUCCUUCAUCACCUUCUCGGUGUUGGUUCUCUUCAGAAACCGGUGGGUAAUUUUCGCGGACAGGGUGGUGUAUGCCCUCACCAACCAGAUCACUUGGUUUUGUAAAACAUACGUGGGACGAACCCAACCUAGAUCUUCGUACGUCAAGAUCUGCAACCUCCUCGACAUUGUCAACGUCAUCGGUACUGCCACGGGUGCGCUUAUUGGUGGCUACGCUUUCGACUUCGUUCAAGACUUCACGCUGAUGGCUCUUGCCGCAGCGCUUCUAACUCUGCUGGCCCUUUAUUUCGCACAGAAUAUCGAGCCCGACCCAAUCAGUACCCGUAAGCGAGCAGAGUUUUUCUUCGACUUGCCUACGAUUUGGUACGACCGUUUCGUCAAUCUUAGGGAGACGGACUAUCGCGAAAAGUGGGACAGUGUGCUUUUAAUUGGCGUUUACACGUUCUCCUCCACUAUCUACUACUCGCGCUACGCCUUCUUCGUCAGUUGGGCUUACUACUCGGGUACUACUAUCAUUGGUAAAGCCGUGGCGUACCAGUGCGUGGUGAAAUUCAUCAUUCAUCUGUUGGUACCGUUCUUCAAGAUCCAGAUUGUCAAGAAGACGUUGUUCUUUAACUGGUGUUUGAUCAUUUGUGCGCUGAUGGCUUGUGCGCUUUUCGUUGCCCCGAGUAUGUUAGCUUAUAAUAUCAUAUUUGUGCCUUUGGUUGUGUCAUACUGUUUCAUUAACGAGUUCCUCGCGGACGAUAUUUUCAAAUUUGAGCACGAUGUGGCUUUGGGGGAAUCGGUGGCUACUAUAAGGAUUCUCGUUAGUGGGAUAGGUCCUAUUUGUUUCGGAAUUUUGUGCCAUUUUUACGGCAGGCAAGCUCUUCGGGUUUUGCUGCUUUUCCCAAUCAUGGCGUUAGUGCAUUUUGUGCGGAUGAAAAUAGUGGGACGAGAAAGCGAAUUUUGUGGCGACAGCGAAGAGGAAGAGGAAGAGAAAGAAGAAGAAGAAGAAGCACAACACUACAAAAACGACUAACUUAACAGAAAACUGUUUUAUAAUUUUUCUGAAAUAAAAACUCAAAACGAAAAAUUGACAUUUGCGUCAGUCUUGUCAUGCGAACUUUUUCCACCAUGAACCUGACAAACGUUCAGCUUUUAUUAGUCGUCAAUUUCUUGUAUUAUCUAUCUUCAGGUUUCAUUAAACCAGUGCUGACGACUCACAUUUUAAGGCACGGAGG